GUGCAGGCGAUGUGUGCAGAUGGCACGAGGGAGGCCUUAAAGUCCUGUGGGUGGUCAAUGUUUACACAAUCGCCAUUACUUGGGAUAAUCAUUGAUUGAUGUGCUUCUUCAUUACUCGUUAAACAAUCCACGUGUUCUCAAGAGAACAGUUUCAUUCCACAAAGACGGCACAACCUGGAACCAGGCCGGCCUCCUAUCCGGCUUCUGUUGCUCGUCACAGUAUGGGAGUGUCGGAGACAAACUGUGUAGGUCCUACCGACAAUCAAUGCUCGGUGAUAAGAUUAGCGAGAGAACCUUCUCCUCGUCCUCCCGAUAAAACAGAUGAAAAGUCUUCAGAUAUUGAAGAAAAGUGCGAACCUGAAGACUUUCCUAAACGCAAGCAGAGAAGAUACCGCACCACUUUCACUAGUUACCAGUUGGAAGAACUGGAGAAAGCUUUCGCUCGUACUCACUAUCCAGAUGUCUUCACAAGAGAGGAACUAGCAAUGAGGGUGGAUCUUACAGAAGCAAGAGUUCAGGUUUGGUUUCAAAAUAGACGUGCUAAAUGGAGAAAACAGGAGAAAGCAGCCGGAAGUCAGGGUCAAAGUUAUAUGCCAUAUAGCACUUCUCCUAGCAUACCGUCCAAUCCUCCAACUAAUCCGUCAACUACUACUGCACCAACAAUUGGCCCCUACGGUCCAUUGGUUUACCCAAGGAAGCAAUAUGAUUCUCCCUUAUAUGGAGCGAGUUCUCGACUUCAACCGUCCUACCUCCCUCCAGUAGCAGGAAAACUACUGCCUAGCUCUACUUACUUAUCAGGAUCACCAUAUACGUUAAGGGACUUAUCACCUUAUUCUUCAGCAGGAUUGCUUCCUACUGUGUUACCCACAUCAUUCGGUCCUGGAUACCCUUUCCAUAGUUUCCUCACUAACUUAUCCGUCCAUAGUAGACCAAAACUGAGUCUCACUGAUGUUCAUCCUCAUCCUACACCUGUGACUAGUGCAGAAAACUUUGCUAGUUUUUUAGGUUACGCACCCACCACUUCUCAAACUUCGAGUCUGUUGGGGAAUCCAGCAGAUUUGGAUAGAAGAAGUUCAAGCAUAGCAGCACUUCGAUUGAAAGCCCGUGAACAUGAAAUGAGAAUGGAAAUUCUCAGAAAAGCUAAUGGGGAAUUGAUUAGUUGAAUUAUUUUAUAUAAUUGCUACAUAGUUUUGAAUGAAAAUAAGAUAAAAAUGGGUCUAUUUGAAUGAAU